AUGUGCCACAAGCCCUUUUGCCACAGCAGUCGCCGACGCCACUGGGACCGACCCGCGACCAUGGGCUGCAACUCGAGCAAGCCCGAGAAGCCGAUCACGAUCGACGUCGACGAGCCGUUCCGGCCCAUCGCGUCGCACGACAACCUGCAGAACGUCAGCAGCUUCCCGCGCACCGCGGACAGGAAGCACCGAUCGUCGACCGGGUCCUCGGCCGUGCCGUCGCAGGCAACCACCUCGCUCAACGGCGUCUACAACGCGCUUCUGCCACUGCAAGGUCGGUACUGGAUCGACCCAGACGACUGCGGCAGCUCGCGCAAGAUCAAGUCGUCGUACAUGCAAACCCACCUCGGGUAUUACCAGGGCCACCCGACCGUCAUCAAGUCGUUCGUCGGCUACGACAAGCGCCCGGCCAACGUCGUCGACAACGAGCGCGAGGACCUCAUCAAGGAAAUCUGUUCGCUUGCCAAGCUCUCGCACCCCAACAUUGUCGCCUUCCUGGGCUUUACGUACACGACGCCGGAUGACCUAAAGUGCGUGACCGAGUUCAUGGACGGCGGGAACCUCCGCAAGCUCCUCGACAACCCGAAGCGAGAGCUCACGUGGGCCACCGAGAAGCUCUCCAUCGCGCUCGACGUGGCCAUGGCGCUCGCCUACCUUCACGAGCUCAAGCCCAAGGUCCUCCACCGCAACAUCAAGGCCGACAAGGUCCUUCUCUCGUCGACGCUCGAGGCCAAGCUCUCGGGGUUUGGCUCGGCGCGCGAGUGGAGCUACAUCCACACCAUGACACAGAAGAUCGGUACGGUCGAGUGGUCGGCGCCCGAGCUUCUCUUGCACGAAGACUACAACGAAAAAGUCGACAUCUACUCGUUUGGCGUGCUCCUGACGGAACUCGAUACGCGCUUGCUGCCGUACGCCGACUACACGGAGACAACGAGCGUCCUUAUCACCAACAUCAUCACGGGCCUCAUGCGGCCGGCGGUGUCCUCGUCGUGUCCGCGUCCGAUCGCGAAGCUCAUCCACGCGUGCCUCCAGCUCGACUCGAAUUUGCGUCCAUCGGCAGACGCAAUAGUGCAAAUCCUGCGCGAGCAGCACCGCGUCAUGUGCGAGCAGGCGGCCGUCGACUUGACCAACGAGCAGCGCCGAUCAAGCGUCAAGAAGCAGUCCAAGCACCGCGUCCAGCGUAGCCAAGUGUCGUCGGCGUCGCACCUCGACCACACGGGGUCCAGCUCGGGCCACUCGAACCCGGGACUCCAUGUCGGUAGCGCGCAAGUGCCCGACCCGGAUUUUAUGCAUUUGGUGCCGCUCCGCAACGACUACUGGAUCCAUCCCCAGGACGUUGUUGUCUCGCGCAAACUGCCGUCGUCCUACAUGUGUACGAUGCUCGGGCAUUUUCGCGGCGACCCGGUCGUCGUCAAGAUGCUCAACACCGAGAUGGACUCGUGCGCGAUCGACACGGACCGCCGGUACCUCGUGCGCGAGAUCUGCAUCAUGGCCAGGCUCAAGCACGCCAACAUUGUCACGUUUUACGGCUUCACCUACACGAACGCCGUCGACCUCAAGUGCAUGACCGAGUUCAUGGCGGGCGGGACCUUGCGUGCGCUCUUGGACAAGCCGAAGCGCGAACUCACGUGGGACAACCACAAGCUCACGAUAGCGCUGGACGUGGCCAAGGCGCUCGCGUACCUCCACGGGCACUCGCCGUGCUUGCUGCAUCGCAACAUCAAGGCGAGCAAGGUGCUCCUGACGCCUGGCCUCGGUGGCAAGCUCUCGGGGUUUGGGUACGCGCGGGCGUGGUCGUCGCAAGACACGCUGACGUCGGCCGUCGGGACGAUGGAGUGGGCUGCGCCCGAGCUCCUUCGCAACGAAGAUUACAGCUCCCCCGCUGACAUUUAUGCGUUCGGGGUGCUACUGACGGAGCUCGACACGCGGCUCAUCCCUUACGACGAUCUGCGCAAGAGCGAGCCGACGAAGCGCUACAUGACGGACGAAACCCUCAUGAUGAACGUUGUGACAGGCAAAGUCAAGCCGACCGUGUCGCCGUCGUGCCCACGCUCGAUACUCAAGCUCAUCCACGCGUGUCUGCAGCUCAAGCCCAACGCCCGGCCGUCCUGCGACUCGAUCGUUGCGAUCCUCGAACAAGAGCGGCUCAUGCGCAUGGGUCUAUAGCGCCAUUUGGGAAUGCGAUCCUAUCCUGUAACACACCUUGUCGUCUCAACGAUGCAUCAAAUUGUGCACGACGACACAAGGUGGACAUCUGCACUUCAGGCUGAAGUUAUUAAUCGAUACAAAGAAAGGGAAUGCAAACCAACGAUGCAAG